AUGCCGCCACAAAUGCCAGACUGCCCCCGGCAGUCCCCCGCCUCGAUCGACCCCGCCACCGACAUGUGCCGGAAAUGGACCCUCUGGGGCCGAGGCGACUACCUCGACUCCGUCAUCUGCUGCAAGGUGUUCCCCGACCGGCACUCGAUGGACGACGCCGACGUCGCGCGCGCCCUCUCGAUCCUGCACAAACAGUGCGCCAACAUGACGGGGCCGGACGCCGCGGAGCUCUGGCGCUUCCUCGAAACGCACCCGGACCUGCACACGAACGGGCUCGUCGGCUGGCGCAAGAUCAAGGACGGCGGUCCGAUGGACAAGGUUGAGGAGGCCAAGGUUAACCAGGCCAUCAACCGGUUCAAGAACCAGGUUCCUUCUGCGGGCAAACCUUGA